AGUUGUAUAUGAGUGACAUAACUCGUAUAUACGAUAUUCUUAGUGCACAAUUUCGUUUGCAACAUAACAAGUCAGACAUGACGACAUAUUUGGGUAAGUUUCAGGCAACGAUUAUUGAAUUCAAUGAGCUUAUGCCAUUUGAUGCAGAUAUCAAAAAACAACAAGAGUAGUGGGAUCGAAUGUUUACCAUUCUCUGCCUUCGAGGUGUUUUUUUAGAGCUUGAGCAGAUUCUAGGUAAUACUUAUCUUUCGCCCUUGACGAAGGUCUUUGCUAGAUUACUUAGCACUUUAUCCUCUGCUAUUGAUCGUGGUGGUUCAGUCCCUGGAGAAUAGUAUGCCCUUGCCACAACUCAAACUAGAUCUCGUUCUAAUCAUGGAGGUAAUGGAGGGGGCCGUUGUAGUGGUCUUCGUGGUCAAUCUCAGUCCCAAUGUACCUAUUGUAAUCGUAUUAGCCACACCAGGGAGACUUGUUACGACUUUCAUGGUUGCCCACCUCACACGACCAAUACAACUCAAGUUGUUAGUGAUUGUUUAGAGAUCUAGGAUUCUACCAAUAGUGCCUGUGAUAAUACCAGUGGCUCCCCUUCAAUGACUAUCUUAGAAGGAGAGUAUGCUCAAUUCCUUCAAUUCCAUGUUGCACAACAAGCUACUUUAUCUGUUGCAUUGUUUGCCCACACUAGUAAUCCCAUAGUUUGUUUUGCCCAAUCCUCUUCUCUUGGCCCAUGGAUUUUUGAUUUAGGUGCUACUAAUCACAUAUCUGGUAAUAAUUCUUUGUUCUCUCAUAUCCAUAGCUUGGGGUCUUUACAUAUUGUUACACUGGUUGAUGGUUCACAAGCCUCAAUCAUGGGUAUCAAGAGUGUAAAACCCCUUCCUACAUUGCCCUUGUCAACUAUUUUACAUUUAUCACAAUGUCCCUUAAAUUUACUUUUUGUUAGACAACUUACUUGCAACCUAGACUACUCUAUAACCCUUUUGUCUGAUUUUGUAUUUGUCUACUAUUGGAGGAUCGAACAGACGAUUGGCAUGGGGUGUGAGUAUCGAGGAUUAUACCACUCGUCUCCAACCCACUUGUGAUUUACACUACUACUACUUACAUUGCUACAGGUUCAUUGUUAUCUAAGGCACCCAUCUUUGGUCAAUUUGAAGCAUAUGGUACCAUAUUUGUCCAAUCUUUCAUCAUUAGAGUGUGAGCCAUGUCAACUUGGGAAACACAGUUGUAGUCCGUUUCCCAAUUGAGUCAAUCAAUGUGCCAACCCUGCUUUCUUACUUGUUCAUUUUGAUGUUUGGGAACUUAGUCGUAUCUCUUCAAAACAAGGGUUUCAUUAUUUUGGUACCUUUAUUGGUGAUUUUUCACACACACUACUUGGGUAUAUGUAAUGAAAAAUCGAUUCGAGUUAUUUUCCAUCUUCACUAUUUUUUGUGUUGAAAUUUCCACCUAAUUUACUUUGACCAUUUGUACUAAUUCGUAAUGAUAAUGUACUUGAAUACCUAUUGCCCAUUUCAAUCUUACAUGUCAUCUAAAGGGAUUCUUCACCAAACUUCUUGCCUUGGCGCCCCCCCCCCCCCCCCAACAAAAUAAGGUUGUUGAACGGAAGAAUCAUUAUCUCAUUGAGACUGGAUGCACACUUCUUCUGCAGAUACAUGUUCCCCUUCAAUAUUAGGCUGAUGUUGUUUUGACAAGAUGUGAUAAAAUAUAUUAUCUAUUCUCCUUAUUUAUCUUGUAUUUUAUCUAUCUUGUACUUUAUCUUUAUCUUAUUUCUUUCUUGAUUAGGUUUAUUUGUAUUUUUCUUUGUUGUAAUCUAGUCCUAUAAAAUAUGAAUGUAAUCUCUAAAAUCUAGGAGAAUUCUGAGGAAACUCUUGUAUAAAUAUUUUUCAUUCAUAUCAAUAAAAUACACGGGAAUACGGCUUCCCUUCCUCCUUUUCUACAUUACAUGGUAUCAGAGCCUCGUUAAUAGGCUAAUACAGUAAACCCUAGUGCCUUCAUUGCACAGCUUCAAGUGCCUUCAUUGCACCGUCAUUGUUCAUAGUCACUGUUCACGUAGAAACGCUUCUGUCUGGUCACUGCCUUCCAGCACCGCCACCACUAUUAGGUUUGCUGUCAUUAGAUCGGCCGACCACUGGAGAACCAUUGCCAUCGGAGUCCACACGCACCCCCACGUGCCUCCCCACGCGUCGCUGUCAGUUCGCUUCCGACUCCACACGUCGGCGCGUGAAGGAGCAUCUAUAGCCCUUUCACCUUCGGCUGCUCUAGAUCUGAUCUCUAGCGUCUCUCUAGCCCAUCCCUGGUGUCAAAAUCUUCCUUUGCUGAGUGCUUCCAUUGCUGUCAGUUCGCUUCUUCCAUUGCUGGUUUCAAACUGCCGAUGCUAUUGCUGUCUUAUUUUUCUUUCUACCGAUAUUGUUGCUGAGUCUUCACCAUGACAGACAUUUCUGAGACAAAGAAUGGUGCUUCAUCUGACAUGCCAAUGGGGAGUUUGUCUAACAGUGACCUUCCAGGGUUACAUCAGUCUUAUAGGCUUGAUGGAAGGAACUACUUACAAUGGGCGCAGCUUGUGCGAACUUUCUUGAAAGGAAGAGGAAAGAUGGCCCAUCUGACUGAGCCUAGUCCAGAUGCUAAAGACCCUAAUUUUGCUGCAUGGAAAGUAGAGGAUUCCUUGAUAAUGUCUUGGCUGCGGGGCUCAAUGCACCUUGAGGUAAGUAAAAAUUGCAUGUUCUUGUCUACGGCUAAGGAGAUUUGGGACACUACAAAGCAUACUUAUUCUAAAGUGCAAGAUGCCUUGGUUAUUUUUGAUAUCAAGAUAAAAAUAAGUGGUACUAAAUAGGGUUCUCUAACUGUCACCGAAUACUAUAAUAAAAAAUGGAUAUUGGCUUGAGUUGGAUCAUUAUCAAGAUAUCAAGAUGAAAUGUAGUGAAGAUGUAGCCACCAUAACUGCAAUAUUUGAAAGAGAUAGGGUAGUUGAAUUUUUAGUAGACCUUAAUGCUGAUUUUGAUCAAGUAAGGGUGCAGGUCCUUGGGAAAGACAAAAUUCCUUCUUUAAAUGAAGUCUUUACUAUUGUUCGUAGUGAGGAGUAUAGGAGAAUAGCUAUGCUAAAUGAGACUUCUCUUGAGGGAUCUGCAAUGGCAAUUAACAAGAAAGAUGCUUCUUGGUUUAGGUCACAACAAGGUGAGAAUGUUUUUAAUCCUAAAGCUCAAAAUAAAGAUGGUUUAUGGUGUUCUUUUUGUAAGAAACCCAGGCAUACCAGGGAGACCUGUUUUAGACUCCAUGGGAAAGAAGCGAUGCUAAAUAAGGUAGGAGGAAUGGAGAAUCUUCAGAAUUUUCAACCCCGACGGCAAAUUCAAGCCUAUCAAGCUACCAAAGAGGAAGAGACUGCAUUGGAGAAGACAGAUUCAGUUACAACCGAUUCAUCUAUCAUGACCGAACAACUUAAUGCUGAAGAAAUCAGCAAGCUUAAAAGCUUCCUAAAGACUAUUCAAGGUGAUUCUUGUUCCAUGGCCCAAACAGGCACUGGACACGGGGAAGAAGAUUGGAGUUGGUGAGGAAUGGAAUGGGUUGUAUUUUCUGAAGACAUGCAAUGCUGAUCUUAAGGGGGAGAAACCUUCAGCCUACUCUUCUCAGUCAGC